AUGGAUAAAGAAAAAUCUAUGAACGAUACAGAUAGUAAACGUACUGAACGACUUGCACGUUUAAAAGAACUUCAUUAUCGACGUAAUGAAGCUCGAAAACUAAAUCAUGCUGAAGUUAUUGAAGAAGACCAUCGAAAAAGUCUACCAACAAAUUAUGAACGGCGUUGUGAACGUGUUAAAAAACAAGAAGAACAAAAUAAACGACGACGUGAAGUUGCUGAUGCUGGUCUUGAUUAUGAACGUGUUGAACAACUAGAUUGGACAGCUGAAGAAUGUGAUAAAUGGGAGAAAAAACGCAAGAGAAAGAAUCCCGAUGUUGGAUUUGAUAAUUAUGAGCAAUGUACUUAUCGUGCUUACACAAAAUUGACUGCACAAAUAAAACCUGAUAUGGAAGCAUGUAAUAAGCAAAAAGAAGAAUUAGGUGAAGAUUAUUAUGCAACAUCAAGUUCAUUGAUUCAUGGUACACAUAAGCCAAGUGAAACAGCAGUUAAUCGUAUGGUUGAAGAUCUUGAACAACAAUAUUCGAAACGUGGAAAAUUUUCUCGACGACGUGCAUUUGAUAUUGAUGCUGAUAUCGAUUAUAUUAAUGAACGUAAUCGGGCAUUUAAUAAGAAAAUCGAACGUUAUUACGGGAAAUAUACAGCCGAAAUCAAGCAAAAUUUGGAACGUGGUACCGCUGUUUAA